GUUCAGUGCGCGUACAAGUCUCGUGUGUAGCGGAUGCCAGCAAAGAUUUCGCAAAACUCGUUCGUUGCGACGCAGGCUUAGCAGAUUUUUGAAUUUCUUUUCACACCGAAGCGAUCGAGGAAUUGGUUCUAGAAUCGUAUUUGUGGAAGCAAGAGGCCAACCGAGAGUUUGAAAAUGGCAGCCGUCAACGCAACGAAGGUGGACUAUUGGAACUUUCUGUUCACCGAUCUGGCAGAUCCCCGCACCAAUGACUGGUUCCUGAUCAAGUCACCACUCCCACUGCUGGGCAUCCUGGCCUUUUACCUGUUCUUCGUCCUGUCCUGGGGACCGCGCUUCAUGCGCGACCGCAAGCCCUUCAAGCUGGAGCGCACCCUGCUCGUCUACAACUUCUUCCAAGUGGCGCUCAGUGUGUGGAUGGUCUACGAGGGCGUCGUCAUCUGGCAGUACUACAGCUGGCGGUGCCAGCCAGUCGAUUGGUCCCGCACCCCCAAAGCCUACAGGGAGGCCCGGGUGGUGUACGUCUACUACCUGGCCAAGAUCACCGAGCUCCUCGACACGAUCUUCUUCGUGCUGCGCAAGAACGACCGGCAGGUGACCUUCCUGCACGUCUACCACCACACCGUGAUGCCCAUGAUCAGCUGGGGCACCAGCAAGUACUACCCCGGCGGCCACGGCACCUUCAUCGGCUGGAUCAACUCGUUCGUGCACAUCAUCAUGUACUCCUACUACUUCCUCUCCGCCUUCGGGCCCCAGAUGCAGAAGUACCUCUGGUGGAAGAAGUACAUCACCAACCUGCAGAUGAUCCAGUUCUGCUGCGCCUUCAUCCACCAGACCCAGCUGCUCUACACGGAUUGCGGCUACCCGCGGUGGUCGGUGUGCUUCACCCUGCCCAACGCCGUGUUCUUCUACUUCCUGUUCAACGACUUCUACCAGAAGUCCUACAAGAAGAAGCAGGCGGCUGCCAAGGCCGAGGCUCUGUCGGCGGACAACAACAAUGAUGGAUGCGCCAAGGACCUCAACAAGGCAGUCGAGCUGCAGGAGAAGCUGAAGCAGAAGCAGAAGGCCUUGUAGGCUGGAAGCACCCACCGCCAAACCUCACCCACCCGCACCCCGCACCACCCACUCCCCCACCCCAAAAAACACCCACAAAAAGCCCCUUCAAUACUCGUACAAAGCGGGACGAACCCACUGAGAGCCACCCAUGUUCUAUGUGCAACCUUGUUGACUAAUUUCUUAAGCAAUCCGCCGCCAAAAAAAGACGUUUGGCACGCAAGUUGGGAAACUGAGAAACGGAACGAAUGUGGAUACUUGGACACAAUAUUCGGGCGAGCGAGGUUUUGGAGACACGGAUACACGUGUUAUGUAAAUGCUCAAACAUUUCGAACAUUCGGUUAUGGCUUUGGCAGCCGUCGUCAUCAUCAUCGCUCGCUCCGUUUGAUCUUCGCAUCUGGCGGACCAAAUGAAAGAAGUCGUAUGUCUUUCGGCCAAACUGAACUAAGUUAAGUAAACAGGCAGAUGAAGCGUUAGUUGUGUAAAUAAGUGUAGGUACGCAUGCGAAUGUGUUUUCUUUAGAUUUUAUAUACUCGUACGUGUGGUAUGUAAAGUAGGCAUUAAGCAAGACAAGUGAAAAACUAGCGAAUAGCAAACCCAUAAACACAAACACAUUUUACAAAUAAAUCUAGAAUUUUUUCUACAAAAAUAUCGAAAACAAA